AUGCCGGAAUUACAGAGAUGGGAGAUUCAGGAGCCAUACCUCAGGCCCAAUGGUGACCUCCUUGAAGGCCCAUUUUACGAGCCUGAAAACAACCGCCUCCGUUUCGUCGACAUCAUCCAACGAAAGCUCCACGUGAUUGAUAUCGCCGAAGGGCCGUCAUCGCUCAAGACCAUCGACUUUGAUAUCCCAGUUGGCGUUACGGCAGAUAUUGAGGGCGUCGAUAGCAAGGAUAAGAUCCUGAUAGGCGGAAAGGCUGGAAUUGCGAUCCUAGACCGGAACACGGGGAAGUACGAAUACAUCAAGAGGUUUUACGAUGACGCAGAUGAGGCUCGAGAUGAUCUGAUGAGGAGUAACGACGGGAACGUCGAUUCCGAGGGCCGAAUGUGGAUCGCGACCAUGACUGAUUUCCACGCUGGACCGUGUAAACCAGAGGGACACCUUUUAAGCUUCGACUCUAACCUCAAGCGUGAGACUCACCGCUCCGAACUCGUCAUCCCCAACAGCGUCGGCUGGUCCCUCUCCAAUACCGCCUUCUACCUCGUACACUCCACAGAGGCCACCAUCUACGCCUACGACUUCGACGCCGCCACCGGUGCUAUCAGCAACCCGCGCGUUUUCUGGAAGCUCGAUACUGGCUCUGAACCCGACGGAUUUGCCGUCGACGUCGAAGGCUACAUCUGGCAGGCCGUGUACGGCGACGGCAAGGUGCUGCGCAUCAGCCCCGAGGGCAAGACCGUGGGCGAGAUCAUACUGCCGACGCGUAACGUGACGUGCUGUGCAUUCGUCGGCGAGGACCUGUGGAUCACGACGGCGAGCGAGUCUGCGGAGAAUGCGAAGUUGUACCCUGAGAGUGCGCGGAACGGAGGCGCGCUCUAUAAGAUCAAUGUUGGUAUCACGGGGGUGGAGAAGCAUAAGUUCAAGUUGACUGAGGAGACGAGGAAGACGGUUGGCCUGUGA